UUGUGCCUUUCAGCCCUAAAAGGUUAAAUUUUCCCCCACCCGGGUUUCUGACCCACCCUGACGGGGUUUUUCCUUUUUCCCAGCCCAUGUGUCUGGAGUGAAGCCGUUCCCAGAGCAGGGCGAGGCCUGGGGCAUGGAGAGGAGAGCGUCCUACGAGGAUGGCCCCGGGGAGCCCGGGGGGCUCGGGGGGGUGCUCAGCACCGUCUCGGGCAGCAGGAGCCCCCUGCAGCCCCCCGAGGAUGAGGAGGGGGAGCCCUUCAGCACCUACUUCGACAGCAAGAUCCCCAUCCCCGAGGACGAGACGCAUUCCUGCUUCAGCUUCCGCAAGCUGUGGGCGUUCACGGGGCCGGGCUUCCUGAUGAGCAUCGCCUACCUGGACCCCGGGAACAUCGAGUCCGACCUGCAGUCCGGGGCGGUGGCCGGCUUCAAGCUGCUGUGGGUGCUGCUGCUGGCCACCGUCAUCGGGCUGCUGCUGCAGCGGCUGGCGGCGCGCCUGGGCGUGGUCACCGGGCUGCACCUGGCCGAGGUGUGCCACCGCCAGUACCGCAAGGUGCCGCGGGUGCUGCUGUGGCUGAUGGUGGAGCUCGCCAUCAUCGGCUCCGACAUGCAGGAGGUGAUCGGCUCGGCCAUCGCCAUCAACCUGCUCUCCGUGGGCAAGAUCCCUCUCUGGGGGGGAGUGCUCAUCACCAUCGCCGACACCUUCGUCUUCCUCUUCCUCGACAAAUACGGCCUGAGGAAGCUCGAGGCGUUCUUUGGGCUCCUGAUCACCAUCAUGGCCCUGACCUUCGGAUACGAGUACGUCACGGUGAAGCCCGACCAGGGGCAGCUGCUGCGGGGUUUGUUCGUCCCCUACUGCUCGGGGUGCGGCACGGCGCAGCUGGAGCAGGCCGUGGGCAUCGUGGGCGCCGUCAUCAUGCCCCACAACAUGUACCUGCACUCCGCCCUGGUCAAGUCGCGGCAGGUGGACCGCGCCGACAAGCGGCAGGUGAGGGAGGCCAACAAGUAUUUCUUCAUCGAGUCGUGCAUCGCGCUCUUCGUCUCCUUCAUCAUCAACAUCUUCGUGGUGACCGUCUUCGCCGAGGCCUUCUUCAACAAGAGCAACGCCGACGUGAGGGCGGAGUGUGCCAACUCCAGCAGCCCCCACUCCUCGCUCUUCCCCAACAACAGCGACGCCCUGGAGGUGGACAUCUACAAGGGGGGCGUGGUCCUGGGCUGCUACUUCGGCCCCGCCGCCCUCUACAUCUGGGCCAUCGGCAUCCUGGCGGCCGGGCAGAGCUCCACCAUGACGGGCACCUACUCGGGCCAGUUCGUCAUGGAGGGCUUCCUGAACCUGCGCUGGUCGCGCUUCGCGCGGGUGCUGCUGACGCGCUCCAUCGCCAUCACGCCCACGCUCUUCGUGGCCAUCUUCCAGGACGUGGAGCACCUGACGGGCAUGAACGACUUCCUCAACGUGCUCAUGAGCCUGCAGCUCCCGUUCGCGCUGAUCCCGGUGCUCACCUUCACCAGCCUGCCCAGCGUCAUGCACGACUUUGCCAACGGCCUGCUGUGGCGCGUGGCCGGGGGGCUGCUGAUCCUGCUCAUCUGCUCCAUCAACGCCUACUUCGUGGUGGCCUACGUGCUGGCCCUGCGCAGCGUGCCGCUCUACGUCGCCGCCGCGCUGCUCGGCCUCGCCUACCUGGCCUUCGUCGCCUACCUGGAAAAGCGAGGAUGGCUCCUGUGGUGGUGCUGGGAACGGAAAAGUUUUUAAAAAAGGCAAAAUAACAGAACUCUUUAGAGAGAAAA